GUUUUCAGUGAAGACUUUGAUUGACCGUUCCUGUUUUGAGACUAUAGAUGAUACUUCCCCUGAAUUUAAUAAUUUUGCAGCCAUUCUGGAACAGAUUCUCAGUCAUCGACUGAAAGGUCAGAUCACCUGGUUCGGCUAUGAAAGUCCUCGUAGUUUUUGGGACUACAUUCGAGUAGCUUGCCGAAAAGUCUCUCACAAUUGCAUCUGCAGUAUUGAGAACAUGGAGAAUGUCGGUUCUUCUAGAGCCAAGGGUCGAGCCUGGAUCAGAGUAGCACUUAUGGAAAAGCAUUUGUCUGAAUACAUUUCCACAGCUCUGAGAGACUUCAAAACAACCAGGAGAUUUUAUGAGGAUGGAGCAAUUGUUCUGGGUGAAGAAGCAAAUAUGCUUGCUGGCAUGCUAUUGGGACUCAAUGCAAUUGAUUUCAGUUUUUGUCUGAAGGGUGAAGCAUUGGACGGCAGCUUUCCAGCUGUCAUAGAUUAUACACCAUACUUGAAGUUCACCCAAAGUUCUGACAGCAUCAGCAGUGAUGAAGAAGAGCUAAGAACGCUGGGCAGUAGUGGCAGUGAAGGCAGUACUCCAGAGAACAUUGGUCCUCCUUUCAUCACGGAUGAAAACAGUUGGUACAACAAAUGCAAAAGAGUAGAACAGAAGUACCGACUUGCAUUGGAACAGAAGGGUUACCUUGAAGAAUUGGUACGACUCAGAGAAAACCAGCUAUCUGAAUCUGUCUCACAGAAUAAACUGCUGUUACAAAGAAUUGAAGAUAUGGAUCUAGCCCAUAAAAUGGAGAAGGAACAGCUGGAAUAUAUCAUUGUGGAACUGCAAGACCAGUUGGCUGUACUAAAGAAUAAUGACUUGAGAUCAAGGCAAGAAUUAACUACUCACCUCACCAAUCAGUGGCCUUCCCCAGGAGCUCUGGAUGUCAAUGCUGUUGCCUUGGACACUCUACUCUAUAGAAAGCACAAUCAACAAUGGGAUGAGAAAAGUUUUCAAAGUCUGGACCAGCUUUCAGCAGAAGUUAGUCUUUCUCAAUCUUCUCUGGAUCCAGGUCACUCACAGGAUGGGAAGCAGGAUGGAAUGAACUUGUUAAAUGAAGGGAAGGAAGACACUCCAUCAUUGAUUGGUCUUUGUGGCUCUCUUACAUCAGUAGCAAGCUACAAAUCUCUCACAAGUCUGAAAUCAAGUGAAUAUCUCGCGAGUCCCACAACAGAGAUGACAAGUCCAGGCCUAACACCAUCUUGAGAUGCACACAAGAAGGAACAGCUUUGUGUUGUAUGCAUUUGGUUUAUGUUCCAUAAAGUGACUUGCAAUGAGGACUGCUAGUUCUGAGAUAAAAUAUAAGCUGCUUUAUUUUUUCUUUUCAUUGUUACCUAUUUAAUUCACAAAUUCUGUCAGUUUUCGUUCACUUUUUUUUUUCCCCCCAGAGGACUUUUCAGAUUUUCUAUUUUAGUCUUGAAUUAUUUAAAGCUCUUGGUCAAGUACAGGACAUAUAAUCUGAUGCUUAUGACUGAUUUUUAAAGUGAAAUUGUUGGAAAUCAGUCCCCUACUUAACUGCC